UUUGAUUAUACAUUUUUUGCGACAUGGCGACGGGUCCGGCUACUCAGUCACUGAAGUGUGUGGUGACUGGUGAUGGUGCAGUUGGCAAAACAUGUCUUCUGAUCUCGUACACAACGAAUGCUUUCCCGGGAGAAUACAUCCCUACUGUCUUUGACAACUACACGGCGAGUGUUAUGGUUGACGGCCGGCCGAUCAGCCUGGGAUUGUGGGAUACUGCUGGACAAGAGGAUUACGAUCGCCUGAGACCGUUAUCCUACCCUCAAACCGAUGUCUUUUUGAUCUGCUUCUCCAUCGUCAGCCCGCCAUCAUUCGAUAACGUCAAAGCAAAGUGGUUCCCCGAGAUCGAACACCACGCCCCCAAUGUCCCCAUCAUCCUCGUCGGUACCAAGCUGGAUCUGAGAGACGACCGCGCGACUACAGAAGCCCUUCGCGCACGCAAGAUGGAGACCGUCUCCUACGAACAAGCCCUGGCCGUGGCCAAGGAGAUUCGCGCACAUAAGUACCUUGAAUGUUCGGCGCUGACACAACGCAACCUGAAGAGCGUGUUCGAUGAAGCCAUCCGGGCCGUUCUCAAUCCCCGUCCCGCUACGAAAUCCGGGAGGAAAGCAGUCAAAUGCAGUAUCUUGUAG